CUGAUUAUACUUAGAUCCCAUACACUCCAUAGCAGAGUCCAUUAGCUGGGGCACUUUGUAACAAACUUUGUAUGGUUUAAAAUGAAACUGGCAGGGAACUCAGUGCAUUUACCUAAAGGAGCUGCAUAUGAUUCUGGAUUAACCAUGAAAGACUUAUUACACAUUCCACUUGUACAUAUCUUCACCCUGGUGGCCUUCAGCGUGGCUGAAAAACUUCCAAAAGCUCCGCUUAUCCACACUCCCCUGGAAACCGUGGAUGCCUUAGUAGAAGAGGUCGCCAAGUUCAUGUGUGUGGUGGACUCCUACCCUGAGCCAGAAAUUACCUGGACACGUAACAACAUUCCCAUCAGGCUGUUUGAUAUGCGGUAUAGCAUACAAGAAAACGGGCAGCUCCUGACCAUUCUUAGCGUAGAGGACAAAGACGAUGGAGUGUACUGCUGCUCUGCUGACAAUGGAGUUGGAGUGCCUGCAAAAAGCUGUGGGGCUUUACAGGUGAAAAUGAAACCUAAAAUAACUCGUCCUCCUGUAAAUGUAAAAGUAAUAGAAGGAUUAAAGGCUGUUCUCCCUUGCACUACAAUGGGGAAUCCCAAACCUUCUGUCUCAUGGAUCAAGGGAGAAACUGUUCUAAGAGACAAUGCUCGAAUUGCUGUUCUGGAGUCGGGGAGUUUAAGGAUCCAUAACGUUCAAAGAGAAGAUGCGGGGCAUUAUCGCUGUGUUGCAAAGAACAGCCUGGGCACAGCCUACUCGAAACCUAUCACAAUGGAUGUGGAAGUUUUUGCCAGAAUCCUGAAAGCUCCUGAAUCCCACAAUGUCACCUUUGGGUCUGUGGUGACUCUGCGGUGCACAGCGACUGGCAUUCCCAUUCCCACUAUCACAUGGCUUGAAAAUGGAAAAGCUGUUUCCGCAGGCUCUAUAGCAGAAACCGUGAAAGACAGAGUGAUCGACUCCCGACUGCAAGCAUAUGUCACCAGGCCAGGCUUGUUCACUUGCAUUGCCACCAACAAGCACAGCAAAACCUUUGGCACAGCAAAAGCUGCAGCAACAAUCAGUGUGUCAGAAUGGAGCAAACUGUACAAGGGCGAUACAGGCUACUGCAGCACAUACAGAGGUGAGGUGUGUAGUGCUAUCUUGGCGAAGGAUGCUCUUGUUUUCUUCAACUCCUCCUAUGCUGACCCAGAGGAGACCCAAGAGCUGCUUGUUCAAACUGCCUGGACUGAACUGAAAACGGUGAGUUCAUUCUGCCACCCAGCUGCUGAGUCUCUGCUGUGUAACUACAUCUUCCAGGAGUGCAAUCCCUCAGGAGUUGGACCGGCUCCAAAGCCCGUGUGCAGAGAGCAUUGUCUUGCGGUAAAGGAUCUCUACUGCUUUAAGGAAUGGCUCUCAAUGGAGGAAAAUGCCCAGAAAGGAAUUUACAAACCAGGACUAAUGCUGCUCACUCUGCCUGAAUGCAAUAGACUUCCCAGCCUGCACCAGGAUCCCAAGGCCUGCACCAGGACUCCGUAUUUUGAUUUUAACACAGAAAAUACAACCACAACGUGCUAUAAAGGCAAUGGCAGGUUCUACCAGGGCUCUAUCAACAUCACAACCUCAGGAAUUCCUUGCCAGAAGUGGAGUGAGCAGGUACCUCAUUUGCACAGAAGGACCCCUCAGGUUUUCCCAGAGCUAUCAAAUGCAGAGAACGCAUGUCGUAAUCCAGGAGGGGAAAAUGAGCGUCCCUGGUGUUACACAAAGGAUCAUUCUAUAAGCUGGGAAUACUGCAAUGUGCCUCUCUGUGGAGACGUAUCCCUAGCACCAGGCACCAAAAAACCAAGUGCAGAGACUCCCAGUCUUCCUUCGUCUUCUUUCUCCCCUACAUACUCCAUGACUGUCAUCAUUUCCAUCAUCUCCAGCUUUGCACUGAUUGUGAUCUUCAUGAUCAUUGCUCUUGUGUGCUGCCGGAGGCGAAAACAAUGGAAAAACAAAAAGAGGGAGUCACAAGCACCAGCACUUACCACUCUUCCAUCAGAGCUCCUCCUGGACAGACUUCAUCCUAACCCCAUGUACCAGCGCAUGCCCCUCCUCCUGAAUCCUAAAUUACUCAGCCUGGAAUAUCCAAGAAACAAUAUUGAAUACGUGAGAGAUAUUGGAGAAGGAGCAUUUGGAAGGGUCUUUCAAGCAAGGGCUCCUGGAUUGCUUCCGUACGAGCCAUUCACAAUGGUGGCAGUGAAAAUGCUAAAGGAGGAAGCUUCGGCAGACAUGCAGGCUGAUUUCCAGAGGGAGGCGGCACUCAUGGCGGAAUUUGAUAACCCGAAUAUCGUCAAGCUGUUAGGGGUGUGUGCUGUUGGGAAACCAAUGUGUCUGCUGUUUGAAUACAUGGCCUAUGGGGAUCUCAAUGAGUACCUGCGCACCCGCUCCCCACGCAACCUCUGCAGCCUGAGCCACAGUAACCUGGACACUAGGAUCCGGCUCUCCAAUCCCAAUCCCCUCGCACUGUGCUGCACCGAUCAGCUCGGCAUUGCCAAGCAGGUGGCUGCAGGCAUGGCCUAUCUGUCAGAGCGCAAGUUUGUACACCGGGAUUUGGCCACCAGGAAUUGUUUAGUGGGAGAGAAUAGGGUGGUAAAAAUCGCCGACUUUGGCCUCUCCCGGAAUAUCUAUUCCGCAGACUAUUACAAAGCCAAUGAAAACGAUGCCAUUCCCAUACGCUGGAUGCCCCCUGAAUCAAUAUUCUACAACCGCUACACAACCGAGUCCGAUGUGUGGGCCUACGGCGUGGUCCUGUGGGAGAUUUUCUCCUAUGGCAUGCAACCCUAUUAUGGGAUGGCUCAUGAGGAGGUGAUUUACUAUGUGAGAGAUGGCAACGUCCUCUCCUGUCCUGACGACUGCCCUUUGGAGCUAUACAACCUGAUGCGCCUGUGCUGGAGCAAGCUGCCUUCGGACAGGCCCAGUUUUGCCAGCAUCCAUCGCAUCCUGGAGCGUAUGUACGAGAGGGCAGUAGCUGCUGUCCAUGUCUGAGGCAAAGCGGGUCUACAGGGCCUCCAACAAAGGACUGGGCCUCACAGGCUCAAAUGAGCCCUCAAUAAGGGCCUUAGUAUUUGGCUCUUCAAAAUUUUGCCCAAUGUAAAAAUGAUCCAGUGAUGAACACUUGAACUGAAGAAUGAAAUGAACUCUGUAGCAGACUGGGCUCUCUCAGCAAAAAAAGACAGAGUUCAAAAUGAACUUCCAAGUUGUUUCAUCAUAUUGUCUGCCAAUGGCAAGUUGGAUGACAGCUCAAACAGAACAAGAGUUACCUAGGGAGUGGAGGAUGGAAAUUUCCUAUUCACUCUUUGUCCCAGUAGGUCCUGUUAAGCUCUUGUGAAAUAUUCUGUUUAUCUGAGAGUUCAUAAAGAAAUUGAAUACUUUUUAAAAAAAACCUGCUUCACGAGUUUCACAAUAUGUCCUGUUUGGCAUUUGCACAAGUAACAUUGAACUGUUAUGUUACUGAUGUUACAAUCUUUUUCAAUGCACACUGGGUGGUUGUAUAAUUUGUGUGAGCCUUUGAAUUAUAAGCUCAGAGUCACACUUACAUACACCUUGAUAGGAUUUAAUGAGUUCUACAUGCAAAAAAGGACAGGACGAGGUUCUAAACCUGUCCCCAGUAAGAUAUUUCCUAAUUUUACACUCUGGUUUAAACAUACCACUUAUACACUAAGGCUACGUCUAGACUGGCAUGAUUUUCCGGAAAUGCUUUUAACGGAAAACUUU